AUGACGUGGAAUGAAUUGACGUUGGACGAAAUAGCGUGGGACGAAAUGACAAAAAGCUUUUACCAUUUUCAGUGUAGUAUGUUAUCAACUAUUGGUUGUACCUUCAUAUUCCGUAUAAAUAAGUUAAAAAACAAUGAUGAAAAUACGAUACGAAACAUUGAAAAAUUGAACCAGAAACUGAUCAAAUCUGAAAAUGCGUGGAUAUUUUUAACAACUGUUGCAAUGAAUCGAGAAUGUUCGAGAUUGGACAACGCCUAUGUGUGUGAUCUGGGCAAGCCAACUGGUCUAUAUGAAAGUUUUUGUGAUCAUUUUACAAAUGAAUAUUAUGAGAAUAUUCAACAAAAAACUAUUUCCUUUACACUCUUUCCAAAUGAAAUGGUUACCAAUCACAAAUUUGGUGAUACACUAACGUUGGUAGAUAGAAACCACUUACAAACAGAAAGGCUAGAUUAUGAAAUGCAUAAAGAUAAUUUAUGCUUUAAUGGGUCUGAUUUAUUUUCUGACACUGAGGCUUUGAUAUCAAAGGAACUACAAAAAUGGAAUAAUAUUUCUUCAAAGAACAUUAAAACGGACGUUUCAUAUGCUACAGUGGAUUUAUUAUUACGGUUGAACAGCAUAGAAAUAUUAUUUAACAAUAAUGACAAGAAAGCUUCGGAUUAUCCUACAUUGACUUUUUUAUUUAGUAUAGCAAGUUUAAUUACAAAUAAUAGUAAAAUUGAUGAAAAACUGUUCGAUGAAUAUAGAUCAGUAUGUAGCAUAAAAAAGACUAGCAAAUUUAUAUAUGAUAAAAAAAAUACCAGAGAAAAAAAUAAAAUAGCUGGAAAAAAUAUAGAAUUAGAAAAAAAAUUAAUACAUGGAUUAAAAAGUGACAAUUUAUUACAAAGGGAUAUUAACACAAAUGUACCUAAAUUUCACAAAAGUAAGGAUGAUAAGAAAAAAACAGAAACUAAAAAAUUCCGGUUGAAGGCAAUCAAUGAGACAAUUCCCAGGACUAAACAGAAGGAGGAAAUUAUAUUUCACGGUAGUAAUUCAUCGAACCCUGACAUAUUAAUUGAAACAGCAACCACAAACUUACAAGCUACAAUAAACUCCAACGAACUAAUUGAAAGCUGUUACAAGGAAGACCUGGAUGUACAUAGCCGGAUGAACAUAGGCUUUAAAGUAUUAUAUGAGAAAAAUGCUGACAGUGAAAUGAAUAAUUCGGUUUAUGUGCAGUCAACAAUUUUAAAAGUUGAUACCAAAUAUAUGGAACAUACCGUUGUAGAAGAUUCUCCGGUUUUUUCAAAAAUUCCUUCUAACGACAAAACUCCAUUAGAGUCAUCCAGGACCAACGUCGUGGUUGAAAAAAGAAUAGAAAAUUCGAAAGCAGAUAUCGACACCAACGAGUUUGUUGAAUCCUGCUACACGGAAGGCCUCGACGUACUUAGCCGGAUGGACAUGGGUUUUAAAGGAAUACACGAGAAUAAUGUUGACGUUUUAUUACGAUUUGUUGAAGGCGAUAAAAAGAAAGUAAGCGAAACAUUUUCCAAAGAAUUUGCCCUGGCCCACAAAGAAGAAUCCAAGCCAAAAACAAAAGAAUUGAAGAAGAAAACGAGUCAAGUAGCAAACGAGGAUGUAUUGAAAAUUCCUCCUUAUUCUAUUUCAUACAUGAGUAUGCAUAAUGUUUUACUGCAUCCGGAGCACGAGAAUAAAGAAAUAGAAAUAAUUGAAGAUGAUCGAGACUUUACCGUUGUAGAAAGAAAGAGACACGCCAAGAGUAAGUUACAAGAUGAAGACGAAUCGCCUACGUCAAGUAAAAAUUCGGAAUCGCUGCUGGAAUCGAGAAAACCAACCGAUGAUCUUUCUGUCGAAGAGAGUAAAGUGGAAAUAAAAAACUCAGUUUAUGAAGAGUCGACAAUUUUAAAAGUUGAUACUAAAUAUUUAGAACAUACCGUUGUGGAAGAUUUUCCGGUUAUUUCCAAAAUGUUUUCAAACGACAAAACUCCAUUAGAGUCAUCCAGGACCAACGUCGUGGUUGAAAAAAGAAUCGAAAAUUCGAAAGCAGAUAUCGACCCCAACGAGUUUGUUGAAUCCUGCUACACGGAAGGUCUCGACGUUCUUAGCCGGAUGGACAUGGGUUUUAAAGGAAUACACGAGAAUAAUGUUGACGUUUUAUUACGAUUUGUUGAAGGCGAUAAAAAGAAAGUAAGCGAAACAUUUUCCAAAGAAUUUACCCUUGCCAAGCCAAAAACAAAAGAAUUGAAGAAGAAAACGAGUCAAGUAGCAAACGAGGAUGUAUUGAAAAUUCCUCCUUAUUCUAUUUCACACAUGAGUAUGCAUAAUGUUUUACUGCAUCCGGAGCACGAAAAUAAAGAAAUAGAAAUAAUUGAAGACGAUCGAGACUUUACUGUUGUAGAAAGAAAGAGACACGCCAAGAGUAAGUUACAAGAUGAAGACGAAUCGCCUACGUCAAUAAAAAAUUCGGAAUCGUUGCUGGCAUCGAGAAAACCAACCGAUGAUCUUUCUGUCGAAGAGAGUAAAGUGGAAAUAAAAAACUCAGUUUAUGAAGAGUCGACAACUUUAAAAGUUGAUACUAAAUAUUUAGAACAUACCGUUGUGAAAGAUUCUCCGAUUAUUUCCAAAAUGUUUUCAAACGACAAAACUCCAUUAGAGUCAUCCAGGACCAACGUCGUGGUUGAAAAAAGAAUCGAAAAUUCGAAAGCAGAUAUCGACCCCAACGAGUUUGUUGAAUCCUGCUACACGGUAGGCCUCGACGUACUUAGACGGAUGGACAUGGGUUUUAAAGGAAUACACGAGAAUAAUGUUGACGUUUUAUUACGAUUUGUUGAAGGCGAUAAAAAGAAAAAGAAAACGAGUCAAGUAGCAAACGAGGAUGUAUUGAAAAUUCCUCCUUAUUCUAUUUCACACAUGAGUAUGCAUAAUGUUUUACUGCAUCCGGAGCACGAAAAUAAAGAAAUAGAAAUAAUUGAAGACGAUCGAGACUUUACUGUUGUAGAAAGAAAGAGACACGCCAAGAGUAAGUUACAAGAUGAAGACGAAUCGCCUACGUCAAUAAAAAAUUCGGAAUCGUUGCUGGAAUCGAGAAAACCAACCGAUGAUCUUUCUGUCGAAGAGAGUAAAGUGGAAAUAAAAAACUCAGUUUAUGAAGAGUCGACAAUUUUAAAAGUUGAUACUAAAUAUUUAGAACAUACCGUUGUGGAAGAUUCUCCGGUUAUUUCCAAAAUGUUUUCAAACGACAAAACUCCAUUAGAGUCAUCCAGGACCAACGUCGUGGUUGAAAAAAGAAUCGAAAAUUCGAAAGCAGAUAUCGACCCCAACGAGUUUGUUGAAUCCUGCUACACGGAAGGUCUCGACGUACUUAGCCGGAUGGACAUGGGUUUUAAAGGAAUACACGAGGAUAAUGUUGACGUUUUAUUACGAUUUGUUGAAGGCGAUAAAAAGAAAGUAAGCGAAACAUUUUCCAAAGAAUUUGCCCAGGCCCACAAAGAAGAAUCCAAGCCAAAAACAAAAGAAUUGAAGAAGAAAACGAGUCAAGUAGCAAACGAGGAUGUAUUGAAAAUUCCUCCUUAUUCUAUUUCACACAUGAGUAUGCAUAAUGUUUUACUGCAUCCGGAGCACGAGAAUAAAGAAAUAGAAAUAAUUGAAGACGUUCGAGACUUUACCGUUGUAGAAAGAAAGAGACACACCAUUAGUAAAUUACAAGUUGAAGACGAAUCCCAUACAUCAUGUUUUUUUUCCGGUGACCUAUCAUUCCCUGUUCAAAACCAUGAUUUCGUUCCUCCCGAUGUUCUUCCUCCCAGCGAUCCUUUUUUUUGUUCUUCAAGUUUUUUCCCGUUUCCGUGUGAUCUGGUUGAAACUCACAAUUUCGUUCCUUGUUUGUUAAAAUCUAAAUCGACUUUUGUCUUAUCUGCCACUGAAUAUGCAGAUGUAUUAUCCUUUUUCAAAGAUUGCCCAAGUAUAUUAUGUAACAAAUUGGUUGAAGGUAAACACUCGUUUGAGUUACCGAAGUCUUGUUCAGAAUUUGAUAUGAAUAUUGUCCCAGGUUCGUUGGCAAAUUUUGUGUUUAGUUUAGAUCCUUUUGGUUCUUAUAAAUUUAGUUCUGCAAAUAUGAUUACAUCCGUUUUCGGCGAUGAAAUUUCCUCAUCUUGUCUUUUUUUUAAUGAUUAUAAUAAUCUUUAUAUGAUAGAUAGGUUAUCUGAAUCUUUAUCGAAAAUCAGACCCAUCCUCAACGUUACAAAUGAUGAAUAUUUUAAAUUAUUUUAUGUCUCACCCUCCGAAGAAAGCUUUCACUUUAAUGUCCAUCACUUUUCUAAAUCCUGUUGUAUUAAAAAUAAUUUAGUUCGUUCGUAUAAAGAGAAACAAAAUGAGAUUCAAAAUUUGUUUUUUUCUUCUGCUUGUAAUAAUGAUGUUCAACAUAACUUGGGCGAACCAUCAGUUGUCGUCAUAGAAUCGGAAAAAUUCAAUUUGAAAAACAAAUCUGAGAUGAAUAUGGCUCAAGAAAAUGAAACUAAGCGCUCGUUUGAUGAAUUUAACCACAGUGAGAAAUAUGGUAAUUCUGAUGAUAAGUCAAAUGAUUCCUCGUUUAAAGGAAAACAAAUUACUUCUUCAAUUAAUCAGUGUUCGCCUUCGAAAGAAUUAGAUUAUCAAAGUGAUCAUAUGAAUUCGGCAAAACUUGAUCAGUUCAAAUGUUCGGGGUUCACUUGUAUUAGAAAUCUAACAUGUAGUUUGUCGGGAUUGUCGGUUGAUGAACCAAAACUAUUCAUUGAUGACUCAUAUCAAAACCUUGAAAAAAAAAAUGUUUCCAUCAGUAGAACUUUAAUUCACGACAAAAAUUUACAUUCAGUGAUUCAUAAAAAGCAAGACUUUGACAAAUCUUUUUAUAACACCAUCAAUGAUAUAAAUGUGGGCAAUGAUGAAAAUAUCAAACUUACGAAAAAGCGGAGAAAGAAAAAGAAGAAAACGAACAAUAACAGUUGCGUUGGACCAUCUUCACAAGUAAUAGAAACCAUAACUUCAAAUUUCACUCAAGCGUCCCUGACGUCGUCUUCAGUUCUCGCAAAGGCAUCCACUAAAAAAUUAAAAGAGAACAAAGUACGUAAAGCAAUGAGAAAACUGGCAAAAGAAGAACCAGAAACGAAAAAUGAAAAAUUAAUGUUGGUUUCUGACUCGCGGUGA